GCUCCGCGGGGCUCCGUCUGUCAGCGUUUCAGGGCAGAAACCAUGGACGUAGACGCCGAGAGAGAGAAAAUCGCGCAGGAGAUCCAGGCGCUGGAACGGAUGUUGGGUUUCGAUGAGGAGGCCUCCGAGUCCAGCCUCGGUUCGGAUUCCGGCUCGGACACAGAUUCGCUGACGCACGAGGACUCUGCCUCUGCUGGUCCCCCGAGCUCGGAAGAAGAGAGGUGGGAUGGAGGCAGCAACGACGAGGACGACCCCAAGGGGAAGACGCUUCCUGAAGACCCGGAGACCUGCUUGCAGCUGAACAUGGUCUACCAGCUGGUGCUCCAGGAGAAGCUGGCGGAGGUCCGCCUGCUGCUGGCCCAGAACCGGGAGCAGCAGGAGGAAGUCAUGUGGGACCUGGCAGGGUCCAAAGGCCCCCGGGUGAAGGACGGCAAGAGCCUGCCUCUGAACCUGUACAUCGGGCACUUCCUGAAGCCCUACUUCAAGGACAAGGUCACCGGAGUGGGACCCCCGGCCAACGAGGACGCGCGGGAGAAGGCCGGCCAGGGCAUCAAGACCUUCGAGGAGCUCCUGGUGACCAGAUGGAAGAGCUGGGAGAAGGCCUUGCUCAGGAAGGCGGUGGUGAGCGACCGCCUGCAGCGCCUGCUUCAGCCCAAGUUACUGAAGCUCGAGUACCUGCAGCAGAAGCUGAGCAGGGUCACGAGCGAGGAGGAGCGGCAGAUCCUGGAGAAGCAGAGCAGCAAGGCCGAGAGGGAGAUCCGCGACAUCAACCAGCUCCCAGAGGAGGCCUUGCUGGGCAGCAGGCUGGACAGCCACGACUGGGAGAAGAUUUCCAACAUUAACUUUGAAGGCAGCCGCAGCGCAGAGGAGAUCCGGAAGUUCUGGCAGAACUGGGAGCACCCCAGCAUCAACAAGCAGGAGUGGACCAGGCCGGAGCUGGACCAGCUGAAGGCCAUCGCAGCCGAGCACGGCCACCUGCAUUGGCAGAAGAUCGCCGAGGAGCUGGGGACCCGGCGCAGCGCCUUCCAGUGCCUGCAGCAGUUCCAGCAGCACAACAAGGACCUGAAGCGCAGGGCCUGGACGGAGGCCGAGGACCGCAUGCUCACCCAGCUGGUGCAGGAGAUGCGCGUGGGCAACCACAUCCCCUACCGCCGAAUUGUCUACUACAUGGAGGGGAGGGACUCGGUGCAGCUCAUCUAUCGGUGGACCAAGAACCUGGACCCCCGCCUCAGAAAGGGUCUCUGGACCCCAGAGGAAGAUACGAAGUUGCUUCAAGCCGUUGCCAAAUACGGGGAGCACGACUGGUGUAAAAUCCGGGAGGAGGUGCCAGGGAGGAGCGACACCCAGUGCCGAGAAAGGUACAUACGGAGGCUGCACUUCAGCGUAAAAAAGGGGCGCUGGAGCCCCAAGGAAGAGGAGAAGCUGCUGGAGCUGAUAGAGAAGCACGGCGUGGGUCGCUGGGAGAAGAUUGCCUCGGAGCUGCCCCACCGGACAGGCCCCCAGUGUCUGAGCAAGUGGAAGAUCAUAGUCCGGAGGAGGAGUCGGGGCAGGCGGCGGCGGCGGCGGCGGCGCCUUCGCAGCGUGCGGUGGAGCUCCAGCAGCGAGGCCAGCGGCAGCGGUGACAGCAGCAGUGGGGACAGCGGAGACUCGGAGUCGGAGUCGGAGCCAGCCCGGGGCCCCCAGGAAGGUGGCCAGUCUCGGCCGCCAGCACAGCACACCGUGCCAGACGUGGACCUGUGGGUUCCCGCCAGGCAGAGCGCCCCCGCACUGGGGCCGGGGGGCUACCCAGGAUGCUCAGCUGCCUCCCCCAGCCGUCCCCAGGCCUCCGGUGCUGCUCAUGGUGGCAGCAGGGACGUGGAGGAGGGCGCGAGGCAGCUGCUGAAGGUGCCUCUGGAGACCCUGAGGUCCAUGCUCAAGACCAACAUGGCCGACCGGGGCCGGGCUCGGAAGCCAUGCCUGUUCCGCUCAGCCCAGGGGACCACCCCGGGCGGCAGCAUUGAGGCCAGGCCCCUCGUGGGGCAGCUGUGGCGGCAGCACCGGAGGCACGCCCUGCAGCAGAGGCACCUCGGGCGCCAGCUGCUGAUGGCCGUGAGCCCGUGGGUGGGCGACAUCACCGUGCCCUGUGCUCCCAGGAGGCGCACUGCAGCACCCACACGAGCCGACGGCAUCGGGGCGCAGCUGCAGGAUGCCCGCCUGGCCAGCACCCCGGUGUUCACCCUCUUCAUGCAGCUGUUCCACAUCGACACUGCCGGCUGCAUGGAGGUCAUUCGAGAGAGGAAGGCCCGGCCGCCCACCCUGCCCCAGGCUGGGGCUCAGGCGCCCUCGAGUGCCCAGAGCACCCCAGGCCACCUCCUGGACCAGGUGACAGCCCGAGGCGCUGCAGCGAGGAGACCCAGGGGCCCAGGGAGCAGGGGGCUGCAGACCUGCCCUCCCCAGGCCACCUCUCCGGCGCCCCCGCCAGCGCCAGGCCGCCCGCCGCACAAAGUGAAGACCGUGUUCCAGCUGCUUCGGGAGAAACGGCUGCGGGAGGCCCAAGCCAGCAAGGCUGCCCGGGGCCCCUUGGUUCUCCCACCCCAGCUGCUCGUCUCCUCGCCUGUGAUCCUCCAGCCCCCUCUCGCGCUGGCCUCCCACGGCCCCCCGGCCACCGGGCCGGGCGUCUCCAAGUCCGCACCGUCUGGGCCAGGGGCCCCCGCAGCGGCCGGUCCAAGCACUCCAGGCUCCGGGGUCUCGACCACGAACACGAGGCCUCUUGCCCUGCAGGCCUUGGCCUUGGCUCCUGUCUCCGCCGUGGCCUUGCAGGUCCCUGUGAGCCGCCAGCUGGACGGUCUCGGACAGUCUCAGGUCCCGGCCACGUCCUGGAGGCAGGGCCUGCCCGAGGCACCAGCCUUUCUUCCCACGGCCCCCAACCCCGCUCAGCCGCUCGUCCAGCCCCUCGGGCUGAUGCCAGCUCCAGGCACCCACACGGGUGGGCCCCACGUGGUGGCCAGCACCUCUCUGCCUGCCAGCAGCGUGCUCACAGCCCCGGGGCUGCUCCCCGUGCCGUUGCCAGCCGUGGUGGGCCUCCCCAGGCCAGCAGCGACCCCUGACCCCCAAGUGCUGGCGGUGACUCUGUUGCCGUCAUUGACGGAGACUCCAGUAGGCCAGGGCCCAGCCAACGGGGACGCAGAACCAGGCCCUGCCGCCAGGGCAGACCUCGAGUCCCUCCGGCCGGCCCCGCCCCCCCAGAUCCCUGCAGAAGGGCGUGGUCAUGUGGCCCAGUCCUGCCAGCUGCCUCUGCCCCCUGGUGCUGGCCCGGGAAGGACGCUGCUGUCCUCAGCGGAGCCAGGGGAGCCCAGGGGGCCUCUGGGCUUGGAGAGGCCACCCCCACCCCAGCGCGGGCCUGAGAAGGAUGCCCUGGACCUCAGCCUGCUCUCCCAGGAGAGCGAGCCGGCCGUGCAGGAGUGGCUCAGGGGGCAGCAGGGGGUGUGUGUGCCCCCACUGGGCAGCAGACUGCCCUACCAGCCCCCCGCCCUGUGCAGCCUGCGGGCACUGUCUGGCCUCCUGCUCCACAAGAAGACCUUGGAGCUCAGAGCCGCAGCCCUGGUGCCCGGCAGGGCGGCUGACGCCCCGCAGGCCUCCCGGGGGCGGGUGCAGGAGCAGCUGCAGGACAGCCCGGCCUACCUGCUGCUGAAGGCCCGCUUCCUGGCCGCCUUCACCCUGCCCGCGCUGCUGGCCACCCUGCCCCCUCCCGGCGUCCGCACCACCUUGUCAGCCACGAGGCCCACCUCUGGGAGCGAGGACGAGGACCUGGAGGAGCGGGCGCGCUCUGAUGGCGGCGGGCCGCCGGGCCAGGCGAGCGGCAGUGCCCAGGCAGGGCCCGCAGCCACGACCCCGGUGCAGGGCCCCGCCCCCUCCCGCCCGGACGAUCUCGAUGAAUUGGACGUGCUCCGGACCCGGCGUGGCCGGCACGCCCGGAAGAGGAAGCGGCUGCUGUGAGCGGGACUGCUCGGCCCGAUGCCCACGGCCACACCCACAGGAGCUGGGCCGCCGGCCCCGUGGCUGAAGGAGACCGGCUGGUCCCCGGGAGGCGCUGCCAGGAGUGACCGAGCUGGCGGCAGGCGCUCGGCUGCUCCGUGUGCAAAUGGGAAUGUUGAAGGAAUUAAUAAAGGUUCUAUUUUUUCACUAAAAAGCA